AUGUGUAUGUCAUAUAGAUCAGACGAAAUCCCGGAUAUUGGAGCAGAUUUAGAUAUUUUGAACAUCACCUAUGGAAGAAGGCUUUCUUUAAGUGAUACAGUUAAGUCUUCCUUGUAUCCAGUUUCCUCUAAAGAUCUGCACAGAAUAUUUGUAGAUGGAGUGGAAUAUGCAAAACAGAUCUACAACAUAUUAGUUGCUAGACGCCGCACGACACAUUUCCCACUAUUUGUCACUGUGCAUCGUAUCUGUCAGAAUGAAAUGAAACCUCAAGGGCUGAUUACAUGUUUACAAUCUCAUCCAAUCCAUGCUUAA